UUAAAUCGAGAAACAUGUUUAAGUGCAAAGGGAGUUCGAACAUUUUUGAAACUUUCAAGAUUGGGCAGUGAUGAUAUUCUAAGACAACGAUUAAACAGCGUUAUUGACAAGAGUCGAAAUAUAGAAGGAGGCAAAGAGGCAAUAUGUGAAGGAUUUGUGAGGGAUAUUAUAUAUCCUGCGUGGAAGAGUCGAGAGAGGGCUAUUGAGUAUUGUUCGGAAGAGGUUAAAACGAUGGGAAGGGAGAUUGAAGAAGAAGAAAAGAAAACAGGAGGCAAAAGAGGCGAUGAAGAGCACGAGUACAAUUUGAGGAUAGAUCCAUAUGCUGAAAGAGAUGGGAUAAGAAUGGAUAAGAAGAAGUAUGAGACAAUUGAUAAUUUAAGCAAUUGGCUAAAUAACGAGACGUUGAUUGAGGGUAUUGUCCGAGAUAGAAGUUUGGAGAUAUUGGGGGAUACAUGUUUU